CGACAAGAAAGAAUCCGACGAAGGGAAGUGGGUCUUCUCGGAGCCUGCUUAGUGGUUCGUCGGUCAGCUGUCGAAAGGAUGUAAGACUACUGUCGCAGAGAUUAGGCGUGUAUGGCGUACGAGUUUGAAAGUGCGAGCUAUGUCUGUUCGUCGAACGUAACAUUCAACUGUUACAAUAUAUUGUGCUGCAGCAAUUUUGUAUGAGUGCACUCUGUGAGAGACCGCGAAAGGUCAUCGUCGCGUAUCAGCGCUCAGCAUCCACCGUGUUUGCGCUGGAGGUACGUACCGUACGACACACAUUUGCUGAAGAUCGCCAAGGCCUUCGAUCGGGUUGCUGUCUGUUGUUGUCUGCGUGUCGUCUCUCGAGCAGUAUACUUGCUGUGCUGCUGUCACAGAUGUUAAUGACUGCUACGUUGGCUCUACUGCUACACUGCUUCUACCAGCAAUGUCACAUAGUGCCUCAUUAUGUCGUCAAUCUAUCCCUAGGUGGGGGUGUCAUCGAGAGAAAACAAUCAUUCGACGAUAGGUUGUUCGACUCGAUGCAAUCACGACGGUGCUGUAUAAAAAUCGUUCCUCAAUGCGUCGGUGGAGGUUGGGGGUGCCUCAAGCAGUGGUCAGGUGGAAUCUGGAUCAGCUUAUCAGAACCAUGACGGACUGAUGGAUAGGGACAUCAGUAGGGGUUUCACCAACUGAGCAGAUUGAUGACAGACUGGCAGGCUAGGCUUGAACUUAAGAUGGUAGCAAAUUAGCACAACCGCGACGAGAUGAGUUGAUGAUGUUAGAUUAUUAGUUACAGAC